AUGGGAAAACCCAGACCACAAAAGAAAAAGUCAUCCAAGUCCCGCACAAAGUCCGUCCUCGGCCCUGGUGGCUCGAUCUCGAAAUCCAAAAUGUCCCAAGACCCCUCCACAUUACUCGACCAGGCCACAAUCCUCCUCCAGACCGGCCGAACGGACGAGGCCUUGCCAACAGCACAGCAGGCGCUAGAUCUUGCUACCAACAAUGCCUCCGUCCAACUUCAGGCGGUAAACCUUCUCGGAGAAAUCAACGUCGAGCUGGGCGAGAUCGAGACUGCUCGUGAAUACUUCCUUCGUGCCGUCGAGCAGGAUCCCAAUGGGUCAAUACCGGAAUCGGAGGGCGGCGGCGCCGAGAAGUUCAUGUGGCUCGCUCAAUUGAGCGAGCAGGGGGUGGACGGACAGUGUCCAGUGGUUCGAGAAGGACAGACGCUCCAGUCUUUGCAAGGAAAGACGGGAGCUGAGGAGGUCACCCUUGCUGAGGAGAAGAAAGUCAAGUUGUCCAAUGCGCUCUGCGCCGUGGCAGAGAUCUAUAUGACCGACCUUUCUUGGGAAGAAGACGCCGAGGCUCGAUGUGAGGCGCUGAUCACAGAGGCUCUGACUUUCACACCUGACGCGCCAGAAGUCCUCCAAACUUUUGCCUCUAUCCGCAUUUCACAGCUGAAGACUGAGGAAGCUCAGGAAGCCCUCAAGCGAAGCAUCAGUCUGUGGAAGGAUUUGGCCCCCGAGGACCCCAAAGUGCCUGACUUUGCAGUACGCAUCAGUCUCGCACGUCUUCUCAUGGAGGUGACGCUGGAGUUUGAUGCUCUGGAAGUUCUCGAGCGUCUGAUCCUCGAGGAUGACCAAAGUGUGGAGGCGUGGUAUCUCGGCGGCUGGUGUCUCUAUCUGCUGGCGGAGAAGCAACAAGCGCCAAAGGAUCUUACUGAAGAUGAGGCCGCUGAAUCGCCGCGACACGCGUCUUUGAUUGCCAGUCGGGAGUGGCUCAAGCAAAGCUUGAAGCUGUACGAUCUAUUGGAGUACGAGGAUGAGCCCCUCCAAGCCCACGCCCUGGAGCUUAUUCAAGGGAUGGUUGCUGAGAUUGGAGAAGAUAUGGAGGAUAGUGAGGCCGAGGGAGAGGGCGAGGGUGAAGAUUGGGACGAGGAAAUUGAGGCAGACUCUGAUGACGAAGAUCACGAAAUGGCCGAUUCAUAGACACAAACAAACAAACAGUGAUGAUGUUUUACGCAUGUACAGCUCUCUUUCUUCUUUCUUUUUCUUUGUUGAUACCACAAAUCAAAAAGUUGUCCAUCCC